UUUCGUCCUUCGUCCACAGUGCACACUCCUCCCUUCAAAAACCCCACCAUCAAAUUUCGAAUUCCCCCGCUCACUCUACCGAAAACAAGAUAACGAAGUAGAAGAAGAAGACGCACUCUGCAAUCAUGUACGGAGGAGAUGAAGUGUCGGCGAUAGUGGUGGACUUGGGUUCGCAUACCUGCAAAGCUGGUUACGCCGGAGAAGAUGCGCCUAAAGCUGUUUUUCCUUCUGUUGUUGGUUCAAUUGAUCAAAUGGAAAUUGAUGAUGCUGAUAAUUCAGACAAGAACUCUGGAUCUGGUCCAGAGUCUAAAUCCAAGGGCAAGCGCAAAUUGUAUGUAGGAUCGCAAGACCUAGGGUUCCGCAGGGACCACAUGGAGGUGUUAUCACCUACCAAGGAUGGAAUAGUUGUAGACUGGGAUAUGGUUGAGAAUAUUUGGGACCAUGCUUUGAGGAAAUGCCUAUUGGUUGAUCCAAAGGAACACCCAAUGCUCCUUGCUGAGCCGUGUUCUAAUACUCAACAGCAGAGAGAAAAGACUGCCGAGAUUAUGUUUGAAAAAUACCAAGUUCCUGCAUUAUUUUUGGCCAAAAAUGCUGUCCUCACAUCUUUUGCGUCAGGACGUGCCACCUCUUUAGUUGUUGACUGUGGUGGAGGAUCUACUACUGUGGCCCCAGUACAUGAUGGAUAUGUUCUUCAGAAGGCUGUUGCAACAUCUCCUAUUGGAGGAGAAUUUCUUACUGAUUGCUUAUUAAGAAGCCUCGAACACAAAGGACUUUCUAUAAAGCCACGGUAUGCAUUUAAACGGAAGGAAAUUCGUCCUGGAGAAUUUCAGAUUGUGGACCUUGACUUCCCAAAUACAACGGAAAGCUACAAACUCUAUUGCCAGCGGGUGAUUGUUGGUGAUAUUAAAGAAUGUGUCUGUCGAGCACCGGACACCCCAUAUGAUGAAACAUCAUAUUCAAACAUCCCAAUGACACCUUACGAGCUUCCUGAUGGACAGACAAUCGAAAUUGGUGCUGACAGAUUCAAGAUUCCUGACGUACUGUUUAAUCCAUCUUUAGUUCAGACUAUACCAGGUAUGGAAAGUUUUGUGGAGACAGCUUCCUCUGCUCGUGGUCUUCCGCAAAUGGUCAUUGAGAGCAUAAACAAGUGUGAUGUUGACAUUAGAAGAGAACUUUUUAGCAGCAUAUUGCUUGCUGGUGGAACGGCAUCAAUGCAACAACUGAAGGAAAGACUUGAGAAAGAUUUGCUGGAGGAAUCUCCUCAAGCAGCAAGGGUUAAAGUGUUGGCUAGUGGAAAUGCUACUGAAAGGAGAUUCAGCGUCUGGAUAGGCGGAAGUAUAUUGGCUUCACUUGGUUCAUUUCAGCAAAUGUGGUUCUCAAAGUCGGAGUACGAAGAGCAUGGAGCUUCCUAUAUUCAACGGAAAUGCCCUUAAAAUGUCCGGUUUUCUGCACUUAUUGCAGCAUUGCUUCUUAAGUAGGGGAAGAUUACAAGUCUCUUGAUUCCAAUUCUUAGCUAUACAUAUUUUGCUUCAUUGAUGAGCGUCAAUGGAAUUGACCUAUUUGCUAGUGACUAUUAGUUUGUUGUGCUACUGGUGCCAUUUACUAGUGAUUCCUAUGGAGUGGCUGACAGAGAAAACUCCAAGUACUAUUUGGUAGAAUGGAAAUUGGCUUAGCGACUCAUCUUCAUUUUCAUGGGUAAAAUUUGACUAUUUCUCGGAAAAGAAACUUGUGUAUUGUGAGAGAUAUUGACGCUUUGUUUGGUUUAAGUAUCAUUAUGAGGAAAGGUACAUAUGGCAAAGGAAAACAGAAA